AUGGGUUCUGUAAGAAGAAGAAAGCUGGCAAGAUCCUCCAUUGGUAAAGCUACGAGGCGGACGAAAGACAGACAAAGAAAGAUAAAUAUUAAGUCAAAUCCCAUCAUCGAAGCCCAUUGGGAUCACUCCCUUACUUUGGCGCAAAAUUAUAAGAAGCUAGGACUCAGGGCCAAACUCCAGACGCCGGCCGGUGGUCAGGAGGCAGACUUUUCCAAAAUUAUCAAAAAAGAGCCCAGCAUUAAGAAAUCCGUUUUCGAUGAAGAUGAUGAAAGUGACGAGGAUCAUGCAGAUCAAUUAAAAGGAAGCGAGUCGAAGGAGGAAAUAGACGAGAGCACUUUUAGUCCAGAGAAUAUUCCUGAAGGUGAGGCCAGAAUAGAACGUGAUUCAGAAGGGAACGUAAUCAGAAUUAUAUAUGGGGCCAAGAAAGCUUUCAAUAUUGAUGCUGACGUCAAUGAAAUGAAGCAGAAGGUUGACGACGAGUCCGCAAAGACAGAGGCGGUAAAGGAACUGGAGCGGUUUGCUGAUCGUCCUCUUGUUGUCAAAAAAAGAGUAAUGAGUAAAAGAGAGGACGAGUGGUUAGAAAAACUGUACAAGAAGCAUGGAAGCGAUUACAGGAAAAUGUUUUUUGACAAGCUAAAUGUCUACCAACAGUCACAAACCGACCUGAAAAGGAGAGUUCUGAAGUGGAAGAAAGCGCAUGGUAUCGAGGAUUAG